AUGCACAUCCACGUACCCGUGUAUGGCUUUGUCUCAACAUCACCCAUACUCUCCUCUUCAAACAGCAUUGAUGGGAAUUAUCUCGAAAAUCACGGACUAAAUCGUACGGACACACUACUCAAGGCCGACAACUACACUUGGGCUCCUUUGCCCGCCUCUGUCAUAGCGCCACCUCAAUGGCUGCGCGAAAUGAACCGCGGAAAUGAUAUGCACUGGGCCGAAGACAUUAAUAGUAUUGCGCUGCUGUUGAAGGACGGGUUUGACAAGAAAGAUUGUGUGGGGGUGGAGAGGGUCAUAAAGCAAUACUUUGAUGUUGAUCAGCUAGUAGACUAUAUAGCUAUCAAUACUAUACUAUUAGAGGGGGAUCAGACGUACCACAACUACCUGCUGCACAGGAGGCAGGGCGAAGUCAAGUGGCGACAUUUUUUCUGGGACAAGGAUGGGGCAUUGGACUUGUUUCGCUCUCCGCAAAAGAUCAAAAAUUACAAUACGUUUAAAUUCGGGGUGUCUUACAAGAAUGGCGUGAUGGUGCAUUUGCGGUAUCAGCCCAAUUAUUUGCUACAGAACUUUUUGAAUGCAAAGGGUAUGUACGAGAAGGUGCACAAGAAAGUAUUGGAGUUCACGGACAAGAAGACGGGUCUACUGAAUGGAAAACGCUUUACAACGACGAUAAGCAAUUUCAGCAAGCGAGUGAGACCGUUUGUAGAGAAGGGUAAAGCCGAUAAAAUAACGCAUAAGGUCUUCGACGCAGAGAUCAAACGGUUGAAGAAAGUGUACGCGCAUCCCGAGAAACUCUGGGAGGAGUUCGAGGUUAAGUGGUGGGGCAAGAACGGCACAGCUCCCACGUGUGGCGAGUGGAGUUAGGUGUCCAGAUGAGAUAGUAUCGGUAAACGUACGGAGACUUGGCUAAGUCGAAACAAAUGCCAUGUGCUGCAAAACACGCACACAUUGCUCCACAGAGUUGAAACAACAUUAGAAAAACGAGGUCGACUAUUCUGAGCCUCUAGUGCGAUGACAUAGCGAGGGCCACUGAGCAUUAAUAUUGUAGUGUGCUGUUUGUACAUCAAACAUAAAGACUGACUGAAAACAUGAG